AUGCGGAUUCGCCUACAGCCUCGCAGGACACCUCAAUGUAAGCGACCCCCAGGUAAGUUGAAUAUUACCUUGUUCUCCUUGCCUGCUCACAAUCUCCAUUUCAGCAAUGAGCUAGCUCGAUGGUUAGCCAACCUUCCAGUCGCCGCUGCCGACGAGGCCCCCUACGAGAACGCCUCCGUGGAGAACCCGACUGUACCAACUACAUGACACAGUCCAGUCGACCGCUCUAACUGUCCUCGGUCGCGUAAGUCGCCAGUAUCAGGACUGGUGCGACGAAAAUGACCCCGCCAUCAAAAAAUUACUCGCCGAGAAGAACCGACUGCAUAAAGCCUACGUAGACCGCCCCACGGACGACAACAAAACAGCCUUUUACAGUAGCCGCCGCGUUGUGCAACAGCAACUGCGUGAGAUGCAGGACGCUUGGGUGGCUCGGAAGACCAAGGAGAUCCAAGUAUACGCGGACCGCAACGAAUGGCAGAACGUCUUCGCCGCGAUCAAGACUGUCUACGGUCUCACAGCCAGAGGUACCACUCGCCUUCUCAGCACCGACGGAACCAUUCUACCCAUCAUGAAGAUACCAAUUCCACAGUGAUGGGCCGAUCACUUCCGAGGCGUCGUCAACCGCCCCUCUACCAUCUCUGACGCCGCCAUCGCCCGUCUGCUCCAAAUGGAGACCAACGCUGAUAUUGACCUUGCGCCUUCUCCAUAGGAAACCAUCAAGGUCGUAUAACAGGUCUACAGCGGGAAAGCGCCAGAUCGGACGCAAUCCCUGCUGAGAUCUGCGGGCAUGGCGGCCCCCAACUCAUGGAUCAUCUGAAGGCGCUCUUCCAGGAGCGCUGGCAUCAAGGAGAUGUCCUCCAGGACUUCAAGGACGCCACAAUCGUCCAACUCCACAAGCGGCAAGGAAACCGCCAAACCUACAACAACCACGGAAGCAUCGGCCCGCUGAAAAUCGCCGGGAAAGUCUUCGCUCACAUUCUUCUCAGUCGUCUGAACAAACAUCUGGAACACGGUCUCCUGCCGGAAAGCCACUGCGGCUACCGCCCUCAUCGUGGGACCACGGACAUUAUUUUCUCUGUCCGUGAACUGCAGGAGAGGUGUCGGGAGAUGCUGGUCCGCCUCUACUCUACAUUCGUUGGUCUGAAGUAAGCUUUUGAUACGGCGAAUCGUGAUGGUCUGUGGAAAAUCAUGAAGAAGAUCGGCUGCCCCGAGCGAUUCAAUCAGAUGGUGUGUGAGCUCCACGAUGGCAUGACGGAGUGCGUCACGGUCAAUGGGGAUUGUACCAGAGGCACUAGCAGUGACCAACGCGCUUACCCUCUGCAGUCUCAUGUUCUCUGCCAUGCUGAUGGACGCCUACCGUGACGAAUGCUCCGGGAUCCGCGUGGCCUAUAUGAUGGACGGCCACAUCCUCAACUGCAGGCGGAUGCACUUCCAAUCGCGUAUAUCCACAACCACCCUCCACGAACUGCUCUUCGCCGCCUGCGAGACGGCGGUUAUGCGCUGA